AGUACGGGAAAACUGAAACUACUAACAAACGCAGGAAAACGAAGCUUGUUUUACAAAACAAAAACCAAAGCCAUUUUGGUUUUGUAAAAUUUCUGUAUAUUGACGCAGAAACGGAGGGAAGGGGAAAACUCCAGCUCAAACGUCUGAGCUUCUGCGAGAAAGGAACUGAUAAAACGAAAUCAAUCGUCGGCAAUCUUGAUUUUGUGUGUGUGAAUUUCGAGCUCCAAUUGGAAGGAUUACUUGACCGGUGACAUGGCGUUGUUGCGGAAAUUGUUCUUCCGGAAGCCACCGGAUGGGCUUCUCGAGAUCUGUGAAAGAGUUUACGUUUUCGAUUGCUGUUUUACCACGGAUGCUUGGAAGGAAGAGAAUUAUGAAGUUUACUUAGGUGGAAUAGUUGCUCAACUCCGAGAACAUUUAGCAGAUGCUUCAUUCUUGGUAUUCAAUUUUCGGAAAUUAGAGAUGCAAAGUCAGGUGGGUGAUAUCUUAUCUAAGUACGAUAUGACCAUAAUGGACUACCCUCAGCAGUACGAGGGAUGCCCAGUUCUGACAAUGGAAGUGAUCCACCAUUUUCUAAGAUCAUGCGAAAGUUGGCUUUCCCUUGGACUGAAUAAUGUUUUGUUAAUGCACUGUGAACGUGGUGGUUGGCCAGUUUUAGCUUUCAUGCUUUCGGCACUCUUGAUAUAUAGGAAACAGUAUAGUGGGGAGCAAAGAACAUUGGACAUGGUUUAUAGGCAGGCACCUCGUGAGCUUUUGCAUCUCUUGUCUUCUGUGAAUCCAGUUCCUUCUCAAUUAAGGUAUCUGCAGUAUGUUGCAAGGAGGAAUGUAGCCUUAGAAUGGCCACCUAUGGACAGAGCUCUCACUUUGGAUUGUAUCAUUCUGAGAUUUAUUCCAAAUUUUGAUGGAGAGGGUGGUUGCCGUCCAAUAUUUCGAAUAUAUGGACAGGAUCCUCUCCUUGUCAGUGACCGAACUCCUAAAGUUCUGUAUUCAACUCCAAAAAGAAGCAAAAAUAUCCGUACUUACAAACAGGCAGAAUCAGAACUGGUUAAGAUAGAUGUUAAUUGCCACAUUCAAGGAGAUGUUGUUCUUGAGUGCAUCACUUUGCAUGAUGACAUGGAACUUGAAGAGAUGAUGUUCAGAGCAAUGUUUAAUACAGCUUUUAUACGGUCUAAUAUUUUAAUUCUCAACCGUGAAGAGAUCGAUACAUUGUGGAAUGCUAAAGAUAAAUUUCCAAAAGUCUUCCGAGCAGAGAUUAUUUUCUCUGAGAUGGAUGCUGGAGCUUCUACUGUCGCGAGCGAUAUACUUUGCUUUGAUGAGGAAGGUCUUCCCAUGGAAGCAUUUGCUAAAGUGCAAGAGAUCUUUAGUCAUGUGGAUUGGUUAGAUCCCAAAGCGGAUGUGGCCCUUAAUGUGCUCCAUCAGAUGAAUGCCUUGAACAUAAACCAAGAUAAGUCGGACAACAAUUCUCUUUGGAGUGCGCAAAUGACUCCUUUACUUCAGUCUACAAGUCCCAGAAACCUUCAGCAGAAGAAGUCCACGUUGGAGAACAAAACCAAAAUCCUAGAGAAGGAAGAAUCUAUUCGAACAUCUAAAAUUUCCCCGGAUGCUGCUAAAACUGAACAGAACAAUGAGUUACAAGCUACAGUAGUUGGCCCUCACCUGAGCAAUCAAUCUGCUUCAGGACGCCAACUGGUGCAAGAUUCACCCAAUUCACAGAGAAGAGAUGGGACCUCAUACAGUGCUUCAAUUGGAAGCCAUUCGUUACAUGAUUAUGAAGGAGAAGCAGAGGUUUCUCAUUUGAAAACUCAAUCUUCAGCUCUUUCGAAUGCAGCAUUGGCGGUUUCCCUUGCACCUGAAUCUCUUCAGAAUAAAAGUGUCCUUACAAAAACAACACCACCGCCUCCUCCUCCUCUCCCCCAACUUCCCACGACUAUUUCUUCUGCUGAUUGUCUACUUCAUCCUCCCCCGCCUCCAGCUGCACCACCACUCCCAUCUAAUAACUUUUCAACUCCAAGACCAGAUAAAUCAUCGCUUACCAAGGAAAUAGAAAGUCAGUUAUCAACCAUUAGCCCUCCACUAUCUGUAACCUCUGCAAUUAAUUUCUCAUUAGAGUCUUCUCCACCACCUCCUCCACCUCCACCUCCUUCUACACCUCCAUUGAAGGAAACCAUAGCGGUUAGAGUUAAAGCUUCUCCACCUACGCCCCCUCCUUUUCCUUCUACACUAGCUUCCUCUCCUAAAAUUGCAUCUUUAGUGCCUCAACCACCACCACCUCCUCCUUCUCCAAUAUCCACUGUAAAUCAUAAAAUUUCAUCCCCAAUCCCUUCACCACCACCUCUUCCGCCUCCUCCAAUGGUCAUCACAGAUCCCAAAAUUUCCUCUCCAGUGCCUCCACCACCACCUCCUCUUCUUAUGACGUCCACACAGGUUGAGAGUAUUUCAACUUCUACAUCUCUUCCUCCUCCACCGCCACCUCCUCUUCCUCUGAUGUCCGGACAAGAUGGAAGUACUUCAACAUCUUCAUCUCUUCCUCCACUGCCACCGCCUCUUCCAUCCAGACAGGUUGGAAGUGCUUCAACAUCUCCAUCUGUACCUCCUCCACCGCCACCACCUGCUUCCACCACGGGCUCCUCCCCACCUGUUCCUUCUGCUCCCCCUCCUCCCACCCUUCCAGGGAAAGGGAUUUCAAAAUCUGGUGACCCGUUUCCUGGUUCUCUUGGCUCAUCUAGGUCUUCCUCUCCCGUGCCACCAAGUAUUUCUCCAUCCAGUGGAAAGGGACGGAGUUUGUCACGCACUAUAAGUUCAAGAACACAUAUAACCAAGAAACUGAAGCCAUUGCAUUGGUUAAAGUUAUCUAAAGCAGUGCAAGGAAGCUUAUGGGCUGAAACUCAAAAAACUGGUGAAGCUUCCAGAGCACCAGAGAUUGACAUGUCAGAGCUUGAAAGUCUUUUCUCAGCGGCAGUUCCUGCUCCUGAUCAGCAGAAGUCAGGUGCACGAGGCUCAGUUGGAAAUAAAUCCGAGAAAGUGCAACUGAUUGAUCACAGGCGAGCUUACAACUGUGAGAUCAUGCUUUCAAAGGUCAAGGUGCCUUUGCAUGACUUAAUGAGUUCUGUGCUUGACCUUGAAGAUUCAGCACUGGAUAUCGAUCAGGUUGAGAAUCUUAUUAAGUUUUGUCCCACAAAGGAGGAAAUGGAUUUACUUAAGGGCUACAACGGAGAAAAGGAGAAGCUUGGAAAAUGUGAACAGUUUUUCUUAGAGUUGAUGCAAGUACCUCGUGUAGAAUCUAAACUUCGAGUUUUUUCAUUCAAGAUACAGUUCAGUUCUCAGGUCACAGAUCUUAAAAAAAGCCUGAACUUUGUUAACUCUGCUGCAGAAGAGAUAAAAAAUUCAGUCAAGUUCAAGAGAGUCAUGCAGACAAUACUCUCUCUGGGAAAUGCUUUAAACCAGGGAACAGCAAGGGGCUCUGCUAUAGGAUUUAGGCUGGAUAGCCUUCUUAAACUGACAGACACUCGUGCAAGAAACAACAAGAUGACUCUAAUGCAUUAUCUUUGCAAGAUACUUUCUGACAAACUGCCAGAAGUUCUGGAUUUUUCUCAAGAUCUUGCAAGCUUGGAGCCUGCAUCAAAGGUACAAUUGAAGGUUUUGGCAGAAGAAAUGCAAGCAAUAAGCAAAGGGUUGGAGAAAGUUGUUCAAGAACUGUCUACAUCUGAAAAUGAUGGCCCUAUAUCCAAUAACUUCAGAAAGGUUUUAAAGGAGUUCCUUCGUUUUGCUGAAGCUGAAGUGAGAACUUUGGCUUCGCUGUACUCUAGCGUGGGUAGAAAUGUAGAUUCUUUGAUUCUUUAUUUUGGAGAAGAUCCAGCUCGCUGCCCCUUUGAACAAGUUAUGUCAACAUUAUGCAACUUUGUGAGAAUGUUUAACCGAGCCCACGAGGAAAACUGCAAGCAGAUUGAGCUUGAAAUGAAGAAAGCAACUGAAAGCGAAAAAUCAAAGACGGGGCACUUGCAUAAGAAGACAAGACGAUUGUCACACUCCCAAAUUGAGAUUGGCAACGUCAAGUAAGUUGUUGUGUCGUGCCGUAACUCAGUUCCUUCAAGCAAGCCCUCCAGCUCUACAGACAUCUGACAUAAAUAAUUAGUUUAAGCGAGUGAUUAUCUGCUUGUUGAUGUUGAGAGAGGAGUGCAUCACAUACCUCAGAAUGAUAUAAGUUAAUUUGUCCUCCUGAGCAAUGCUGGCAGAUCAUGCUUUAUCCUGUUGUUCAAUGGGCUGAACAGAGCUCUGCUUGUACCGAAACUGAACAAAUUAUUUUGUGUACAUAAUUGUAGCAAAAUAAUAAUACAGGGGAUAGAAGUAGAAGUAGUCAUCUUUCGAGGUUGCUCUAUAAUUUGAAGAUCCCCUGGUAUUCUUUAAUUGGGCAAAUUUCAUCCAAAUGUGUAUUUAUCUUACCAUUUUGAGAAAUUUUUGAGUUGUGUUA